AUGCUCUCCCCUUGUUCGACCCUCCUUCCCUCUGCUUUCCUCCCUCCCUUCUCCUCCCUUUCUGCCCUCCUCCCCUCUGCUCUCAUCCCCUUCUUCUCUCCGCCCUCCCUUCUCCUCCCUUUCUGCCCUCCUCCCCUCUGCUCUCAUCCCCUUCUUCUCUCCGCCCUCCCUUCUCCUCCCUUUCUGCCCUCCUCCCCUCUGCUCUCAUCCCCUUCUUCUCUCCGCCCUCCCUUCUCCUCCCUUUCUGCCCUCCUCCCCUCUGCUCUCAUCCCCUUCUUCUCUCCGCCCUCCCUUCUCCUCCCUUUCUGCCCUCCUCCCCUCUGCUCUCAUCCCCUUCUUCUCUCCGCCCUCCCUUCUCCUCCCUUUCUGCCCUCCUCCCCUCUGCUCUCAUCCCCUUCUUCUCUCCGCCCUCCCUUCUCCUCCCUUUCUGCCCUCCUCCCCUCUGCUCUCAUCCCCUUCUUCUCUCCGCCCUCCCUUCUCCUCCCUUUCUGCCCUCCUCCCCUCUGCUCUCAUCCCCUUCUUCUCUCCGCCCUCCCUUCUCCUCCCUUUCUGCCCUCCUCCCCUCUGCUCUCAUCCCCUUCUUCUCUCCGCCCUCCCUUCUCCUCCCUUUCUGCCCUCCUCCCCUCUGCUCUCAUCCCCUUCUUCUCUCCGCCCUCCCUUCUCCUCCCUUUCUGCCCUCCUCCCCUCUGCUCUCAUCCCCUUCUUCUCUCCGCCCUCCCUUCUCCUCCCUUUCUGCCCUCCUCCCCUCUGCUCUCAUCCCCUUCUUCUCUCCGCCCUCCCUUCUCCUCCCUUUCUGCCCUCCUCCCCUCUGCUCUCAUCCCCUUCUUCUCUCCGCCCUCCCUUCUCCUCCCUUUCUGCCCUCCUCCCCUCUGCUCUCAUCCCCUUCUUCUCUCCGCCCUCCCUUCUCCUCCCUUUCUGCCCUCCUCCCCUCUGCUCUCAUCCCCUUCUUCUCUCCGCCCUCCCUUCUCCUCCCUUUCUGCCCUCCUCCCCUCUGCUCUCAUCCCCUUCUUCUCUCCGCCCUCCCUUCUCCUCCCUUUCUGCCCUCCUCCCCUCUGCUCUCAUCCCCUUCUUCUCUCCGCCCUCCCUUCUCCUCCCUUUCUGCCCUCCUCCCCUCUGCUCUCAUCCCCUUGUGUUCUUCUUCCCUCUGCCCCCCCUCGUUUUCUCCCCUACAUCAUCGUGUGCCCCUCUCGACCUCCCCAGGUAGACCUAGAAGGCCCUUUCCUUUUUUACCCAUACAACAGAGCAUCCACUCUCCCCCACCUCUCCUCCCACCCCGCUGCAACCUUCCUCCCUCCCUCUCCCCUCCUCCCCUCUCCCUCUCCCCUCCUCCCCGUCCCUCUCCCCUGUCUUUUCCAGGUAGACCUAGAAGGCCCCUUCCCCUUCGAUCCAUACAACACCGCAUCCACUCUCCCCCGCCUCUCCUCCCUCAACGGAGCUCUGCUCUCCUCCUUCAUGCGGGGAGGUUCCUGGAUGUUUCCUCGCCUGCCAGCCUGGCAGCCCGGCACGCCAUUGGUGGAUCGAGUGCUGCAUGCCAUGUGGCGCCACGUGUGCAGCUACAAGCUCGCCACUGAAACACAGCUGGAUGAGAGUGCUGUGUGGUACGUGAUGGACGAGUUCGGCAGUGCCUUCCGUCACAGCGACCGACCCAACUUCCGCUGUGCGCCCUUCCUCUUCCUGCCGGAUGGCUCCUUCGCCUCUGCUCUCAGCUACUCCAUCUUGUGGCCGGUGGCAGCAGUGCAGCCGGGGGAGGAGUGCACGAGGGACUAUCUCGCCGGGGUGGGGGAGGAGCAGCAGCGCUCACCCAAGCUGUGCGUGUGGUUCCACACGCCCUCAAGCGCCUUCCACCAAGCUUAUGAGCAGCGCCUGUGCAGGUUCGCAGCAGCAGCCACAAAGCACGCAGAAGCUACCGCUCUCCUUGCCUCUACUGCAUCCGACAAUAAAGAGGACAAGGGAGGAGAAGGAAAGGCGAGUGAAUCGGCAGACAAACCGGAGAGAACAGAAUUGGAGAAGCGGGUGUAUCGAGUGUUCACGGAUCUGCCCUAUGUCACUGACAACCUCUCCCGCCCCGAGUUUACUUUUGUGGACACCCCCAGCGAGGCGGACAUCAUCUGGACGAGCAUGCAGGUGGACGAUGCGUUCAGAGAGGCGGCUGGGCUGAAGGGGAGAAGGGAGAAGGGCGGGCCAGAGCCGCUUGUGAACCAGUUCCCGUUUGAGGCAUGCAUUGUCAUGAAGCAUCACCUGGCGAAGACCAUACAGCAGGUGCGUGGUGGAGACACAGGGAGGGCGGGGAGGGCCAAGCUACAGGACACAUACGACAUGCAGUCGGAGAUGGCAGCGCUGAUAGGGUGCUUCAAGGGGAGGGAGGCGGCAGCUGCUGCUGCUGCAGGGAAGCGGUUGACUGCCAGCUACGGAGGCAAUGAGGCACCUGAGAGCGAUGCAGCGCUGAUAGGGUGCUCUCAGCAGAGGGAGGCGGCGGCUUCUGCUGCUGCUGCUGCUGCUGCUGCUGCUGCUGUUGCUGCUGCUGCUGCUGCUGCUGCUGCUGCUGGUGGUGGUGGUGGUGGUGGUGGUGGUGGUGGUGGUGGUGGUGGUGGGGGUCAAGUGAUUUGCAGCUAUGAGGACCGUGAGGCGGCUCAGAAGGUAGACCCCAAUCUGGACAACACGUGGAUCUUAAAGCCGUGGAAUCUCGCGCGCAGCAUGGAUGCAACAGUGUCGCGCCACCUGGCGCAGAUCGUACGGCUGGCAGAGACCGGGCCGAAGGUCUGCCAGAAGUACAUCUCCCGCCCCGCGCUCUUCCACGGGCGCAAGUUCGACCUGCGGUUCCUGCUGCUGCUGAAGAGGCUUAAACCGCUCGAGGCAUACCUCUCCGAUGUGUUCUGGUUUGACCUGCGCUUCCUGCUGCUGCUCAAGCGGCUGAAGCCGCUGGAGGCAUAUUUCUCAAACGUGUUCUGGGUGAGUGGUAUGUCUGGCUGCUGCCUGCUGGUUGGUGGGUGGUUGCUUGAAGCGUCCCACAGCAAGGCAGACACUGGGCCGAAGGAGACGCCGGGCCAAGGCAGGGCAGAGAGCGGCCCCAAGGUCUGUCAGAAGUACAUCUCCCACCCCGCGCUCUUCCACGGGAGAAAGUUCGACCUGCACUUCCUGCUGCUGCUCAAGCGGUUGCGGCCCUUGGAGGCUUAUCUCUCCGACGUGUUCUGGGCAGAGGCCAGGCUAAGAGGGAGGCCGGACUCCCUCAAGGCAGAGAGGGGCCCCAAGGUCUGUCAGAAGUACAUCUCCCGCCCCGCGCUCUUCCACGGGCGCAAGUUCGACCUGCGCUUCCUGCUGCUGCUCAAGAAGCUGAGACCCCUUGAGGCGUACCUCUCAGACGUUUUCUGGUUCGACCUGCGCUUCCUGCUGCUGCUCAAACGGCUUAAACCGCUCAAGGCAUACCUCUCCGAUGUGUUCUGGGCUCGCAUCGCCAACAAAAAGUAUUCGCAAGCAGAGGACUCGCUGUUGGACUUCCAGACACAUUUCACUGUCAUGAACUACAGCGGUCACAAGUACGAGCACGUGCCAACACACGAGUUUGUGCAGGCAUUUGAGCAGGAGCACAGUGUGACGUGGCAGUCCAUUGACCAAUCAGUGCAGAGAAUGUUACGGGAGCUGCUGGCGGCAGCUGUCACUGUUCAUCCUGAGAUGCAACCAGAUGACGACACCUGUCGAGCAAUCUACGGUGUGGAUGUGAUGCUGGAUGAUCACUUCCAACCCAAGCUUCUAGAGGGCGUUCUUGUCAAGGGUCAGAAGCUUGAGGCGGGUAAAGGAGCUGACUGUAGUGGGAAUGGGGCCGGAGAGGCGGUUGGAGGAGAGGUAAAGAUGGGCGAGGGAGGCGGAACAGGAGGGGGGGGAGAGUGGGGUGGGCGGGCCGGAGAGGGCGUUGGAGGCGAGAUUGAGGAUGGUGAGGGCCUGCUUGUCCUGGCAGAAGGCGGGGAUGGGGCCUGUGGGGUGGGGGACGAACAAGGAGAUAAGAGACGGGUCUUGAUGGGCCUGGCAGAUUUAGGGUUGGGGAUGGCGGGGGCUUGA